AUGCUUUAUGAAAUUUUUUCAUUGAUUUCUGAUUUUUUAGAAUUUCGGAAAUAUUUUAAUAUGUUUGACAAAGAAAAUAAAGGAUAUAUACGGGCGACACAAGUUGGUCAAAUUUUACGAACCAUGGGACAGGCGUUUGAAGAGCGUGACUUAAAACAACUGAUCAAAGAGUUUGAUUCAGAUGGAUCUGGUGAGAUCGAGUUUGAAGAGUUUGCUGCAAUGGUUGCCAGUUUUGUUGUCAAUGAGGAAGAUAAUUCUGGUUUAGAGGAAGAGCUACGUGAGGCUUUUCGACUUUACGACAAAGAGGGUAACGGUUACAUCAAUGUAUCUGAUCUACGUGACAUUCUUCGUGCCCUGGACGACAAUGUAUCUGAAGAGGAACUUGACGAACUAAUUGCAGAAAUUGAUAGUGAUGGUUCCGGAACUGUCGAUUUCGAUGAAUUCAUGGAAAUGAUGUCUGGCGAAUAA